AUCACAAUUCCCAGUGCAUUUCUUCUCCAAAUCAGGACUACAUGUGGAUCUCAAUAGCUGCAUUUUCCUGAAACGUGUUGGAGUUUAAACUCAAAGUGAGGGUGGAGCUAGAUGUUACAAGUUCCCAUCUCCAUGUUUCUCUUGUAAUUCUAAUGUAUUUAGAAAAGGGGGCAUUUGUUCAUGAGAAUUUGGGUGAAGAAAGUGAGGUGAAUAAACCCCUGCCCCUUUGGGCUCUUCUUUAAGAACAUAAAGAGCUGCGCUGGAUCAAACCAAAGGCCCAUUUAGUCCACCAUUCCAUUCUCACAGUUGCCAGUCCAAUGCCUAUGAGAAACCCACAAGGAAGGCAUGGGUUCAAAUAGCACCCUCCUACUCAUGUUCUCCAGAAACUGGCACUCCCAUUAUCCUGGCAAAGAUGGGAUUGGGAUCAUAUCUUUGCUGAGAUAUCCCAUUCUACCUAGAGUUGAAUGAAUGAAUCUUUUACAGACAUGCACAUCUGUAUGUAAGGGAGAUCUUAGUGGGGUGCCAAAGUUGCUCCCUUUUUGCUGAGUUGUGGUAAGUUGUGUAAUUGGCCCCAUAGGCCUGUGUAUAAAACUUAAACUGUAUUACAGGUUUUCAGAAGAAACAUAUUAUUAAAUUUUUAAGCACUGUUGUGGAAAAGUGGCUGAGAACUCUGUGAAAGGUUAGUUCAGGCAGGAGAUUGGCCUGGAAUCAAACAAGCUGGAAUCAAACAACUUUAAUUUUUUGCCAUGGAUAUAAAUGUCAUUUUUGAUUGGUAUGAAGGCUCAGUACCAGUCCUUGACAUAUCCAGUUAAAUGGAUCUUGGGUAGCAGGGCUGGGAAAUAUCUCUGCCUGUACCCUUACAAGUGACUCAGAACUGAUGCCUAUUCAUAUGUUCACUUUCCUCUGUUUUAGUUCCAUUGGCUUCAGUGGAAUUACUUCAGGUUUAGAGGACUAGGACGUGUUAACCAGGGUUGUGUAUGUUUUAUGCCAGCAAAUCCAAAUUCUCCCCUGAAGAAACCAAUUUGUGAGGUCUCAGCAGGCAAAUGAUAUGCCUCUGAAUGUUGACUUACUGGAGAACAACGAAUUAUUGGAAGCUUGUAUUGACAAUACUGCUGGGUUUCCUCCUGCUGGGGGGGCAGCUGAAGUUCUGGAAGAGGCAGAGCUUUCUUUCUCUCCUCAUGGCACGAAGGAGCAGCCCUCUGAGAAGACAGAUCCUGUUGUAGUUGAGGAUGCAUCACUGAAACUGAAACAGCUGGAAGCAGAGCUCAACCCCAUGCUAGCUUCCCAGUCCAACAUAAACAUCAAUGUCAACAAACAGGAGGAGGUGGUGAAGCUGACAGAGAAGUGUCUCAACAAUGCAAUUGAGAGCCCAAUGAGCACCUCCGUGCGGCUGCCUCCGGACAUCAAAAGCAACAUUCUGAAAGCCCAAGCAGAGGCGGGACACAAGGUCACGAGGGAGGACAGCAUGUCAGGCAACAAGAACACUAACAUUCAAGAUGCUGCUGCCAGGACCAUUCUUCUGUCAGGAAAAGUUCAGAACAGCCCUCUGCGAGCCCACAGCCCAGUGUUCCAGGAGCUGAACGCAAUCCCAAUCUCAAAUGCCUUCAUUCUGAAUGAAUUAAAUGAGGAUAAUGCUGCCUCUAGCCUUGAAGAUCGUUUGAGUCCCGCUAAUCUGCCUCCUGCAGAGGCUGCUGUUUUAAAGAACACUCAAGAGGACGUGGAGAUUUUGUUAACAUCACAAGCAGAGAAUUUAAUUGACUUUACAGAAGCUAUGCCUCGGGUAUCUUCUCCAUCAACAGUUGUGCCCAGGUGGUUAGUGCCAAGUGGACUAGUUUCCAAUGGGCCUUUGGGGAAUGACGUUGGCCUAGCUCUUAAGGCAGUGAAAGGCAGUACUGAGGCACUAUCAGUCAUGGCUGGCUCCCCACCUCUCCUGUACUCACCUGAAACCAUGCCCAGUUCUGUUGCCGAAGACGCUACAACAAGGCCAAAAUGUUUACUUACCACUGAACUAUGAGCCUUGACACGUCUCAUCUUCCUAGCAUCUUCAGUGAGCUCCUGGAAAGGACUUUCCUGGAAUUAACCCCAUGUUACAGACCAUGGUUAAAAAGAAAUGCCUGGCUGUUUUAUAGUGGAUCCUUUCAACUGGAAUUAGAAUACGACUAUAGGACGAAGAGCUGCUGGGAAGCCUGAGUAUCUCUUGCAAACUACACUGAAACAAGUUCUGACAUGUAAUGAAAUCCAUGAGAUUUCCAUCCAUAGUAGUGCUUUUGUUUAUAGAAACCUUUGUAGAAAGUGGUCACUGCCAUGAGCCAGUUAACUUUAAUGGCUCUGUAUAUUUUCAUUGGGAGGAUUAGAACUUCUAAGGCCACCUGCUGGUUGUUGGUGUAAAAGAAAAAAAUUGUGUAAUAUCUUUAUAGAGCAAGCUCUUGUUCCUUUUCUAUACGACCAUCUUCUCUGAUCUUCUUUUGUACUGACAUCCGACAAAUACUUUUGGCCUUAAUCCACUUUCUAAACUCUGCACUUUUUCUUACAACGUAUGGAAGGAACUGCGGAUGCAGCACCUUGAUGGUAAUUUAUCCCACUGACAUGGGGAGAUGAAGCAGUUUUGUACCAAACACUUUAAGGCUGCCAUCGUCUGUGGGUGGAACACUUUUGCCCCAUUCUGUAUAAAGCAUCUCAGAACUUAAGAAUGAAGGGCAUGUUCCUUUGGAGUUUUCCAUCAGCUGCUGUUGGAAACAUUUGUAGACUUUCAAUGAAUGACUCUGAAACUAUAUUAAUAUUGGUUUGAGAUGUGUUCUCAACACAUCAGUGGCUGAUUUCUAUAGUACAAGUGUAUGCUAAUUAGUUUCUGUCCUUUUCCUGCGUGUUCCAUUUUAAACCUUUUCUUCAGGUGAGAUAAGUGAGAUUGCAAUUGGACUGGAAAAUCAAGAAGCAAAACAUGCCAACAGCCCACCUACCUUUUUUAAAAAAUAAACUCAUGACUAGGAAUUUGUGGGGAAAGGUACUCUCUCUACAUAUUGAAGACCUUAUUGUUUUGAAUCAAUGGUGGUAUUGUUUUCUACUACAAACUCAGGAAGAAUGCUGUUUGAUAGCUAAGUGAAUCCCAAGUUUACUUCAUUCUUAACAUUUUUUUUGUAAUCUGAUGUCUGCUUUGAUCAUUGACUAGGAACAGUAAAACUGGGCAUGCACAGUUAAGCAUAGUUCUAUGGUUCAAGUUCUAAAACUAACGUGAUCCUUCUGCGGAUUUUCAAAGGAGACGGGAAAGUUAUAGAAUACGUUCAUUUUGAUCAGUCCAAAAUGGCUCAGUUUUGAAGAAAGUCCUCUUGAAACAUAAUUAUUAACAUUGUCUGUUUCAAGAAACUAUUUAUACUGAUGAGAGUCCAUACGUGUUUAGAUAAGAAAGAAAUCCAGAUGGAAGAAACCUGUGUGACACAAAUUCAGAUCAACUGUGAAAGGGAAAAUGUAUGAAAUGUGUAGGAACUGCCUUUAGUGUAUGUGAGCUUUUGUGACAAAGUUAAAAAAACACCUUUCUUGUGUCACUUCCCUUGUAUGGGAUGGGGGUGGGGUGGUAGGAACCAAUCCACUGUGUGAACUGUUUGUUCACCCUUGUCUUUCCUCACUUCUUAUAUGGCCAUUGCUACUUGUGAAAGAAGAGCAACUGCUGUACUUUCAUUUGUAGCAUUGUGAGGAGUCCAUUUUCUAUAUAAAAUAGGCUCUGUUUGGGGGAAUGGGCAGGGGAGGGCUGAGUACUUCCUCUUUACCAGUACCUGAACUCUUACCUGUAAGAUUCACUAGAUUACCAGAGCUCAGUAGUAUUUUGCUCUUGAAACAGUUUGGGUAAUUUGUUUAAGACUACUGAUUUCACAAACAUUUUCCACAAUGAAUUCUUGAAAAUUACAUGAUGAAUAUUAACAUUUUCAAUAUUUUAGACCUUAUAGGCAUGGCAUUAUUUUAAGUUAUUAAGAAUUUGAAAUUUUGACAUUCAGCAUAUUGCAGGAGAUAUAGAUAUAGGAGGAAAGGACCAAUUGCUGUUUGAUUGCUAGCGAGAUUGUUAGCUUCACUCCCUGGAGCUAGCUGGAUUAUUGCAAGCCUACCCAGUUUCUAGAAAGUUGUAUGUUGACUUUUAGAGAAUAGUAACUUUUAAAAAACCAUAUGCUAUUAUUACCUUCAUUUGAAUAACUUAUGUAAGGCCAAUGCAAGCCGAAACAAAAAACAAACAAAGCGAAAGACAUAUAGGCGGGUGAUCAGCUGUAAGAAAUGUCUUUCCCAGUUCUGCUAUUUUGAAAUUCUGAAUUAUUAGGAAUUGUUCUUUGUAAUGCUGCCCAGUAUCACAAUCAAAUGUAUUUACAUAAAUAGCCAAGCUUACUGAUUUGACUGAGGGAACAACACUCUGCAAGAAACAGAUCUCAUAACCUAUAUUCAUACUGUAGAAUAUGUGACUCAUCCAAGUGUUGAAGUAGGCAGUAUCUGAGGCCAGGAAAACAGAAUGUGGAAUACAGCUUUUUCCCGUUAGUUAGUUCAUCAUGAGGUGACACCAGCAAUUCCUUGGGGAAAUUGCACAAAAAGAGAAGUAAAGUACACUUCAAGUGAUCUUGCUUAUUGUCUGAUAAGUGUUUCAUAUAACCAAACUAUUAUAUGAAAGUUGACAGAAGUCUGUCAUAAAUGCACCACCUGUCAAUGGAAGUGAAUGUUAACCUUAAUCACCUGAUCACUACCUCUAUUUAACUGACCAUUUGUUCUAGGCUUAGGGGGUUAAUUGAGGUUGAUGAAGUAUAUUUUGCAUAUAUUACCUAAAGCCAGGAGGGUUACGUUGGAUUAAACAGCAGUCAUAUUGAGAAAUACAAAACUGCACUUGUGUUUACAGCAGCUGGUCUUCACUAGGUAAAUUGCCUAAACAUGUUUAGGUCUGGUUCAUACUCUUCACAAUCCUAUUUGCAUCUAAAAUAAAAAAAAUGCAUGCUGAAGGAAUAAGCAGAAACCUUUCCUUCCAGUUUGUAAAUAACAUGUGAAAUAGCCACUCUAAAUAUGAGACCCACACUUGUAUGAACCCAGCUUAUUGCUCAGUAGUGGUAUGAACCAGGACUUUGGUUUCUGUGGCGAUUAUGACUGAAGUGCUUGGAUCGCUAGGGUGAAUGGUGACCCUCAACAGUAAUUCUCCUAAAGCAAAAUGUUCACCUCUUCUCUGUGAAACCAAUGAAGUUGGGGAAGGUGUGGCACUCCACAUGCAUCAAAAGGGGAGUAGGGAGCAUUCUGGUGUAGCACUCCCAGGAUGAUACAUGUUUCUGGUUACUGACUCCUUUAUUCUCACUUGUUUCCUUUAACUGGACAAACUUACUUUAUAAGUAUGUAAGAAUUAUUUGAGUUAAGAGUAUUUUGUUUAUAAAACACCCACACCCACUAACUGCUGUAUUUGUAACUUUUCAAAAGAUGUAGAGCUUGACAGUAGCUCUAAGUAUAACUUAUUUUUUUUGUAUUGUGUGUGUAUAUAUAAAUAUUAAAGUGCACUGUUUCAUGACAGAUGUAUAAAAUGUGCUAGAAUAACUGCACUGAACAUACGUAUAUGGGAACAAGAACUGUGAUUUGUAGUCCACUUGGAAUCAGUCACAAAUGAAUUAUGUUAUAGCUUAUUUCUAAAUAUAACACAACUGUGCAAAA